AAACCCUAAAAAAAAAAAAUCCCGUGCUUCGAAACACGAGUGCUCCAAUUUCUUGUACUUGUCCGUCUCGUUCUUGCUCUUACCCUUGUUUUGAGCAAGUUGGCAUUACUUUCUGCCCAUUUUUCAAACAUGUCCCAACAACUGCCGUGCCCUUCGGAAGCGUCUCGGAGUGCCGAUCGAGCUGGGCUUUGACGACGAGGGGAGGGACAGAAAAAGAAAAGGGGGAAAAAGUGUUGUCAUCUCGGCGCCGUCAACAAACAUGGCUACUCGUCGUCUAGCACCAACCGAACCAGGUCGGCUCUCCUUCUUCUUCGUCUUCUUUUUCUCGCUAAAAGCUUCCAAAGUCUUUGGCCGAAGGAUUUGAUUAGCCUGAAGCGAGCCGAGGCUGUUGGUGGACGUGGUGGGGAGCCAUGGAUCCGCUGCACAGAGAGUUUCUGCAAAAGUGUCAUCACAACUUGGCAGAGUCCGUCACCGACGCCGACCAGCUCGUGGAGGUCCUGUCCCGGGGAGGCACGCUGAGCACAGCCGAGCGACACGAACUGACCCUCGGCAGCGGCGCCGGCGGGGAGAAAGUGGAGCUCCUCGUCAAGAUUCUGCUCCGCAAGGACCGAGACCACUUCGCCGACUUCUGCUCAGCCCUGGAGGAGACCAACCCGCACCUGCGCUCGGUGCUGCACACCGGUACCGGCACCACUCCCGGGCCCUUGGACCACAGCACCGGGUCGGCGUCCAGCGUCUUGUCCGCCAUGCCCUCGGAUUCCGAGAGCAGCGGCUCCCUCAGCAGCGCCGGUACGCCAACUCCGACCUCUUCGCCACCGCCGCCGCCGGCCUACGCGGAUGCUACGCGGCCGCACGACAAGAUGGAGACGCUCCUGUUCCAGCUGCGCCACGUGACCCGGGAGCGCGACGAGCUCCGCAAGCGGCUGGCGCUUUCCUCGCCCGGGAGCACUUUUGACGACUGCAGGCCCAACUGGAAAGCGGGCCACGACUACGAACGUCUCAAGCUGCAGUGCAUGAAGGCCAUGGCCGAGCUGCAGUCGCUGCAGAACCAGCACAGCGGCACCCUCAAGAGGUGCGAGGAGGCCGUCAAGAAGGCAGACUUCUACCACACGCUGCACAGCCGGCUGGCGGGCGAGCACGGCCAGCUCAAGGAUGAGCUGGAGGCGCUGAGGCUGGACAACGUGCAACUGCGGCGCCAGCACGACCACGCCAAGCACAACUGCGAGGAACUGCGCCGACUGCGAGACGACCACCAGCGAGAGGUGGCCGACAUGCGCCUGCUGCAUCGACAGGCCAUUCGGGAAGGCUCCUCGGACGCCCUCAACAAGUUGUACGACUCGGCCGUGGACAAACUGGAGAGUGUGAGGAGCGACUACGAGGGCCUGCGCAAGCGCUACGACGACGAGACGGCCGACCACGACGCCGACCUGAGUCGCCUGGACCAUGCGCAGGAGGAGAAGCGGCGCCUUCAGAAGCAGCUGGACGUGCUGACCAAGCAGAGGGACGCCGCCGUCCUCUACCAGCAGCAGUACUCCUCGUCCAUACGCACGUUGGACCAGCAGGAGCUGUCCAAGGCAGCCACGCAGAAUGUGGAGCUUCAGCGCGAGAUGGAGCGGCUGCAGACGGAGGCCACUCGCUUCAAAACACAGCAUCUUAAAGCGGCCAAAGAGUGCGAGAAGUACAAGGACGAGCGCGACUCGGUCAUCAGCGAGUACCGGCUGAUCAUGAGCGAGCGCGACCAGGUCAUCAAGGAGGUGGAGCGGCUCCAGUCCGGGCUGGAGCUGGCCGAGGCCAAGCUCAAGAACACGUCCUCGGAGCGCCGCGUGGCCAACGAGGAGCUGGAGGCCCUCCGACAGGAACUGGCGUCGUCGCUUAUGGACAGGGACCGAGCGCUCUGCGAGAAGAACGAGCUUCUGGAGAAGUACUGCCACGAGGUGAAGGACAAGGCAGAGGCGCAGAAGGAGCUGAGCCAGGCCUGCAAGGACAUGGAGACGGUGCGCGAGGAGCGAGACGUGGCCCGCAAGGAGAGGACCGAGGCCAUCGUCCAGCGGGACCGGCUGCUGCGCGAGUAUUAUCAGGCCAGACAGAAACAAGACUCGGCCACUAUGGACACAGAGCGAGCCAACAAGGAGAUCGAGAUGCUGAGGAAGCAAUACGAGGCCGUGGGCCAGGAGCUGAAGGAGGCUCUGCAGGAGGCUGAGGUGGCCAAGUGUCGUAGGGACUGGGCCUUCCAAGAGAGGGACAAGAUCGUGGCGGAGCGGGAAAGCGUUCGCACCUUGUGCGACAACCUGAGACGAGAGCGUGACCGAGCCGUCAGCGACCUGGCCGACGCGCUGAGGAAUCUAGACGACACCAGGAAGCAGAAGAACGACGCCGUGCGGGAGCUCAAAGAACUCAAGGACAAAAUGGAGGACCAACUGGAAAAGGAGGCCCGCUUCCGCCAGCUCAUGGCUCACAGUUCGCACGAUUCCGCCAUCGACAUGGACACGGUGGAGUGGGAGACGGAAGUUGUGGAGUUUGAGAAGCACAGGGUGAGUCCAACGGCUUUGUUUGUUUCCAUCCGCAGCCACUCAACAAGUCGUGUGUCUUUUGUUUUCACGCAGGACAUGGACUUGGAAGCGCUGGGCUUUGACAUCGCCGAGGGUGUGAACGAUCCUUAUUUACCGGGAGAUUGCGGCGUCUUUGUCACUAAGGUGGACAAAGGAAGUCUAGCGGAGGGCCGCUUAAGGGUGAACGACUGGCUGCUAAAGAUCAACAACGUGGACCUGACCAGCAAAGACGGGAAGCAGGCCGUCAAAGCCGUGCUGAGUGGCGAGGGCGUGAUCAAUAUAGUGGUCCGCCGCAGGAAGUCGUUGGGGGGCCGGGUCGUUGCUCCUGUCCAGAUAAACCUCACCGGACAAAAAGACUGCGGCAUCUGCCUGGAAAGCGGAGUCUUUGUCGCCUCGCUGGCGCCGGGCGGUCCGGCGGUCCGAGACAAUCAUCUGGCAGUCGGGGAUAGGCUGUUAGCUAUUAACGGCAUCCCGCUGGAUAACAAGUCGCUGGCCGAGUGUGACGCUCUGCUGAGGACAUGCCGCGAGUCGCUCUGCAUCUCCCUCGCCAAGUUCCUGCCGCAGAGCUGCUCCGGCCAGAGUUUAUAUGAAACUCUGAGGGACUCUGAGAAAAGCUGCCGUAGCGCCGAACGCACGCAGCCCGACAGCUGUGCUUGCGAAUUGGGGCGCGGCGAGGACGACGGAGCGCGGGGCGACGGCGGCGAUGUCGCCGGCCUUCGUGGCGACUCGCUACACUCCCGCAGCCCCUCGGAACCCCUGGCGGACUUCGGCUACAGGAGGCGGGACUUCCACCGGCGGCCCUUCACCUUCACGCCCGCGUUGCCCCACUGCAGCGCUCCUGCGCCAAAGGCCGGCGGCGGCACUUGGCCCAAAGUCAUCGGCGGAGCGUCCGUUCCCGAGUGCGCGCAGCUCUCCGUCUACAAGAGAGCCAAACAACGCAAGUCCAUCUUUGACGCAAACCCUUUCAGGAGAGCGGAAGCGCCUCCAAGUUUGGACUACGUCUCGCUUUCUCAGCUGCCCAGACACUCGCCGCAGAGCUCGCUGGCCGAAUCCUCCCAAGGUCCGCCCGGCGACACGUUCAGGUUCAAGCACUCGCAGCAGAGCAGCUCGGCGUCCGACUCCGCCGUCCCGGCUUCUCCCGGGCCCGUCACGGACGGGGAGGGCGGUCAGCAGCUCUACUACUCGGCCGAAGCUCCUCAAAGAGAUUCCAAGACGCCGCCGGAUGAUGACGGGAGUCCACACCGGGAGCCAGACAAGAGAAGGUACCGGCCCAAAUCGGCACCGGCGCUGCGGCGGAACGUUACACCGCUGCGUAUCCCGCCUCCCGUGCAGAUUCACAAUUUCUCCAACGACGAGCACUCCCCCGAGCCCAUGGAUUUGUUGCGCUUCUCCCCGAUGCGAAAUAAUCGCUACAGCAUGCACCUUGCGCCGCCCAGCUACAGCAGCGCCGUUGCACAACCGACGCAGCGAGGCUUAGCACCGAGUCCGGCGAAGAUCUCGGUGACGAGGAACACCGUCUACCCAGGCCGGAAUAACCAGAUGCAGAGCGGCAAUUCCAACGUCCACGUGCGGUCACUUGCAAGCGCCCAGCGUCACGGUCGCCACAGUGUGGACCUCUACCACAAGCUAACAGGGGACGUUGGCGAGAGCAGCCCGACGCCUCACGGCACCCACUCCCUCCCCUCCAGCGCCAGACUGGUCUCCCUGAGCGCAUUGCAGUUUAGGGCCGAGCGCAUUCGAAUCCCAUCGACCCGUUACCCGUGCUCCACUGGAUCCGAUGCAGGCUCCCGUUCCGAGUGCAGCUCGCCUGCAACGCCUCCCACGUCCCCCGUCGGCUCGGGCGGCACUUUUUUUGUCAGUAGCCAAUCGGCGAUCUCCGUCCCCACGCGGCUCAGGAUAUCCACCAGCCGGAAGGACGGGCCGUGUUCGGAGGAGCCGCGCAACUUGACGGUGCAGAAAGGAGCCGAGCCGCUGGGCAUCUCCAUCGUGAGCGGUGAGAACGGCGGUGUCUUUGUGUCCAAAGUGACUGCGGGAAGCAUCGCUCACCAAGCUCAUUUGGAGUACGGAGAUCAGCUCUUGGAGUUUAACGGCAUCAAUCUGCGCAAUGCCAACGAGCAGCAGGCGCGCUUGGUGAUCGGGCAGCAGUGUGACACGGUCACCAUUUUGGCUCAGUACAACCCUCACAUGUUUCAGCUGGGCAAUCACUCGCGAUCCAGCUCUCGCAUGGAGUCCGUCGGCAGCCGGCCGACCCCGCGGGACAGCGGCGCCAGUACCCCGGACGAGCGCUCCUUGAGCGACAGCGAGCAGGACGAGGGCAUGGCGACGCCCCCAUCCACGGGGGCCGCCGCCAGGCUUCCUGUCGGCGCUUUGCCUCGUCUGGUCAGGCUGAAGAGGGUCCAGGGCGAGCUGGGAGUGCAGAUCUGUGGAGGCAACCUCUACGGCAUCUUUGUGGAGAGCCUGGAUGAAGACAGCCCUGCUCAAACUCUCGAUGGCCUUCUGCCUGGAGACCUGAUACUGGAGUACAACGGCAUCAGCAUGAAGAACAAAACCAAAGAGGAGGCUUAUCUGGAAUUGUUGAAGCCGGCCGAAACGAUCACGGUCAAGGUUCAAAACUGCGUGGACGAGCUCGCCGCCAUCAGAGAGCUACCCGGAGAUGGAUUUUUCAUCAGAUCGCUUUACGAGAGAGCGGCCGACGUGGAGCUGGAGCUGAGCUUCAAGAAGGACGACAUCCUCUACGUGGAGGACACGCUGCCCAACGGCAACUUUGGCUACUGGAUGGCGUGGCGCCUUGACGAGAAGGCGCACAAGUUGGAGAGAGGGCAGAUUCCCAGCAAGUUCAUGAUGGACCAGGAGUUCUACAGGAGGCACGGCCUGGCCGACGUCAAGGACGACGGCAGCGGUGGCAAAAGCAUGUCGGCCGCCGCCCGGAGGUCCUUCUUUCGCCGGAGGCUGAAGCACAAGCGCAACGGAUCCAAGGACGGCAAAGACCUGAUGGCAUCCGAAGCCAUGAUGUCCGAUUACUUGCCCAUGGCCGAAGGUGAGACUUCUCGCCUCAACUUAGUUUCCGACGAUGGCGCGAGCCUCGUGUAUCAGCGGGUGCAGAAGGUGGAGUGCUCAGCCCCCAGACCUGUGCUGAUCUUGGGGCCACUGGCCGAGGCCAGCAAGGACAUGCUGGUCAACGAGGCGCCCGCCAAAUUCAGUCGCUGUCCACCGGAGAUCAUGAAGGCGUCCCAGCAGGCUAUCGAGCGAGGCGUGAAGGACUGCGUCUUCAUCGACUUCAAGCGACGCAGCGGCCAUUUUGACGUCACCACCGUGGCGUCCAUAAAGGAGAUCACGGAGAAGGACUCUCACUGUUUGCUCGACAUUGGGGCGCACGCCAUUGAACGCCUCCACAGCGUUCACGUCUACCCCAUCGUCAUUUUCAUCCGCUACAAAAAUGCAAAGCAGAUCAAAGAGCAGAAGGAUCCCUUGUACCUGCGGGAUAAACUCUCGCAGAAGCUCUCCAAGGAGCAGUUUGAGGCGGCCCAGAAGACGGAGCAGGAGUACAGCCGCUUCUUCACAGGUGUCGUGCAAGGCGGCAGCGUGUCCUACAUUUGCACUCAGAUUGUCACCAUCGUGGAGCAGGAGCAGAAUAAAGUUCUGUGGAUCCCCGACGGAGCGCCGUAAAACGGGUACCAAAGAAGAAAAAAAAAAAAUCUGCACAACUUUAUCAUCGGGGUAAAUGAACUGCUGACGCCACUGCCCGCAACCUCCACACACACACACACACACGAAACCAGAGUGAUGUACUGUACCUCAAAUAGUUGUUGACGCUCGUAUGGAAUACGACAGCAAUAUGCGUUUUUAUCUAGAAGCACUCCUCGACACAAUCUGGAGCACCUUCGCCCCGCUCACCAGAUAUUUGUCUAUUUUUAUCAAAUCAUGGAGAUAGAGCUUAAUGGUAUUCAACAUAGCAGACUUUUUCCCCACCCUCUGUUCAUCAUUUCAGGCCUCACAUUAUGAUGUCAGCGUGCCACGCAUUUUUAAUAUAUUUAUUUCUACGCUACAAGUGUAAUACAAAGCGCAUAACAGCAGCUUUUCACUUUGUGUGUGUUUUCUACUUGUUGUCAAUUGCGUUUUGCAUUCUUCCUUUAGCUGGGUUGCAUUAAAGGGAUGUUUGUCGGUUGUCCUGGUUAGCGACGCGCAUCUUCCAACAUUUCAUCUGUUGGAAUAACAAUCAUCUUUUUCUUUUGACUCUGAUUAAAAAGGGUACGGACGAUGA